AUGCCACCUCCACGCUCGCCGCUCCCUAUCUCCGUUCCCCCCCCCUUUGUUUUAUCGUUCUGCUUCACAAUCGGUCUUCCGCAUGCUCGCCACCCACACACAGGGAGGAGGCAAAUCAAGGGCACCAAAGCAACGCACUGCAUGUUUCGCCACACCUUUCAGUCCGGUUUUCUUUCCAUUCUUUAUUCCCUCGGGAAUAAGCCGCUCCAGCUUUGGGAUAAAUCACUGCACAACGGGAGCAUAAAACGGGUCGGGGACGAAGACGUGUCCUCGGGAGUGUUGGAACUGGUGGGGGAGAAUGUGGCGGAGAAUUUCAUCGCGUGCCCCGCAGAUAGCAAAGACCAACUAGGCAUCAAGCUCCCGUGGCUGGUACUCGUUGUCAAAAAUCUCCACGAGUACUUCACAUUCGAGGUGCAUGUUCUCGACGACAAAGGAGUCAAACGCCGCCUCCGUGCUUCCAACUU